UGUUUCUCCUUUUUUGUCACACUGACUCUCUUCUAUCUUGACAAUGGCAAAAUACAUUCUGUGAUUAAUGAAGAUUGAAAGGAAGGACUUCAAGAAAGAUUCAUGAGGAGUUUGUUUCUGAACAGACAGCAGAUAUUUGUGAUUCUUGUGGUGAAUAAUAUUUGAAACCAUUGUUCAGAAAGCGAAAGUAAAGUUUAGACUGCAGGAGCUCAGAGAAAAUGGCUUCACUAUCUGAAGAUGAUUUUUCUUGUCCUGUGUGUCAUGAAAUCUUUAAGGAUCCUGUUCUUUUAUCAUGUAGUCACAGUUUCUGUAAAGAGUGUCUUCAACAGUUCUGGAGAACCAAAACAACUCAGGAGUGUCCUGUCUGCAGGAGAAGAUCCUCAAGAGAUGAUCCUCCAUUAAAUCUUAUAUUAAAAAACUUGUGUGAGUUGUUCCUGAAGGGAAAAAAUGAGAGUCGUUCAUCAGGAUCUGAGGAGAUCUGCAGUUUACACAGUGAGAAACUCAAACUCUUCUGUCUGGAGGACAAACAGCCUGUGUGUUUAGUGUGCAGAGAUUCACAACAACAUGAAAAUCACACAUUCAGACCCAUCAGUGAAGUUGUUCCAUCAUAUAAGGAGGAGCUCAAUACAGCACUGAAGACCUUACAAGACAAACUUAAACACAAUGAAAAAAUUAAGGAAGAAUUUCAGAAAACAAUUCAGCACAUCAAGUCUCAAGCUGAGCACACAGAGCAUCAGAUUAAACUGCAGUUUGAGAAGCUUCAUCGAUUUCUCAGAGAUGAAGAAAAAGCUAAAAUCACUGCCCUGAGAAAGGAAGAGGAGCAGAAGAAGCAGAUGAUGAAGGAGAAGCUGGAGGAGAUCAACAGACACAUCUCAACUCUUUCACUCACAAUCAAGGACACAGAGGAGAUGAUGAAAGACAAUGAUGUCUGCUUUCUAAAGAAGUUUCCAGUCUCAAUGGAAAGAGUCCAGAUCUCACAGCCGGAUCCACAGACGCCUUCUGGAGCUUUGAUUCAUGUGCCACAUUACUUGGGCAACCUGCCGUUCAGAGUCUGGAAGGAUAUGCAGGACACUGUCCAAAACACUCCUGUGAUUCUGGAUCCAAACACUGCAAAUCCACAACUAGUCCUGUCUGAUGAUCUGACCAGUGUGAGAGAGAGUGUGAACAAUCAUCUGCUUCCUGAUAAUCCAGAGAGAUUUGACAGCUAUCUAUGUGUUCUGGGUUCAGAGGGUUUUAAUUCAGGAACACACUGCUGGGAUGUGGAGGUUAAAAAGUGUCGACGCUGGAGUCUUGGAGUAACUACAGCAUCAAACCAGAGGAAGGGACGUGAUUGCUUUAAAACUGAUAUCUGGAGUGUGCGGUAUAAUAAGUCUCAAUUUGCCUUUCUAUUCCAGCCCCGCACUGGUUUCCCUGUUAAACAGGAUCUUGGUCGUGUGAGAGUGAAUCUGGACUAUGACAGAGGAACGGUGUCAUUCUCUGAUGCUGUGACUAACACACAUCUACACACAUUCACAACCACCUUCACUGACACUGUCUUUCCAUUCUUCUGUUGUUCUUCCCCUCUGAGGAUCUUACCGAGUCAGUAAUGGUUACAGGUGUAGGUCUGUAUCUUCCUGCUUUCAUCAUGUUUCAAUAUUUAAUUCAUAUCACAUGAGUAAGAGUGAUCUGUUGAUCUGAAUAUCAGUACGGCUGUGAGUGGGCCGCAGCUGAUCACAUGACUGAUAUCAGCACAACAGACACACUCACACUGACAUACUGCUGUUAUAUAACAGAUCAAUAAAUAAUAAAUAAAAAUGAUUUAGUAAGAUUAAUCAAACCACAAAAUGAUUGAUUAUGAGUAAAAAUGAUUCAUUAUAAUAAAUUGUUUUUUUUAUCAUAUCUUACCAAUGAGAAACAAUGAUGUGUUGUGAAUGCCUGCUCAUUUUAGGAGUUGACUCGAGAAAAAAAAUGUAAUCACAUUUUGGCUGUUUUUCUGGAGGCGGGGAAGUGUUUCUUUGUGUGUGUCUG